AUGUCCAAGGCAUUCGACAAAGUCCACCUCUAUGGCAUCUCUGGUAAACUCCUUCGCUGGUUUGAGUCAUAUCUAAUAAAUCGCAAUCGACGUGUGGCUGUGCUAGGAGCUACAUCCUCCGCAAGACAUGUCAGGAGUUCCACAGGGUUCAUAUUAGGUCCCAUACUGUUUCUGCUGUACGCGAACGACCUUCCGGAUGUAGUAGAGCACUCCAAGAUCGCCUCCAUCGCCAAUGACACGAAACUAUUUAAGAAAAUUGAUUCCACUACCGAUGCCAUCUCCUUACAAAGUGACCUGAGUAGUUUGGAGAACUGGUCAACAUCUUCAGGCCUUGUCUUCAACCAAAACAAAUGCAAAUGCAAAUGUCAGCGUGUAACAAGGAAAAAGAAUCCUAUCAAGCACGAGUAUAAGAUCAAUAACAAGUACCUGGUGGUCACCGCAAAAGAGAAAGAUUUAGGCAUAUGGAUCACGGAUACGUUAAACUGGUCUUAG